AUGAUGGUCCACUUGUUGAAGGGCUCCUGGAACGUCCUAAGCUCGAGGAGGUUCAGAAACCUUUGGAUCCCGAUCCCCGCAUCGCAAAAGAAGGCUGAGGCCCUCUUUGUCAAAACCACUUGUCCCAUGUGUCUCUCUCUCCAUAGGCAUCUGAUCCGCCUGGCAAACAAGAAGCUAUUCCGGGGUGCUCGGAUUUUCAGCAGACAGCCAGGUUCCGGCUCUUCCUCUUUGCAUGAAGCCUCCUGGUUGAUGGUGAAGCAACUUACCUUGCUCUACUUUGCGGGAGCGGCAGAGGAGCUGGAAAGAGCUUUCCCCGCGUGCGAGCCGAGGGUAGCCCAGAAUGUCCACUUGAGUUCUCAGCGGAUGAAUUAG